CUCCACCUCCAAUCCUAUACGCUAAUUUCUUCUUGAGAAUCAGAGCCCAAAACCCAUCACCACCACCGCCACCACCGCUCUCCUGCUCUAAAAUCAGCCAUUCAAAACUUUAACGUCUCUCUGUGUGCCACCUGUAACUAUUCUUGACAAACAAGAAAAAAAAACCCUCAUUUCUAAACCCCUGUUGGUCUCUUUGUCAACUCUCUCUUUCUCCGGCUAAUUCCCGAUCAUCCACUACUGCAAUUAUUUCUACAAUUGGGUCGUUGAUUGCUUUUUCAAUUCUUUCUUCUCAUUCUCUUCCAGUUCCGUAUCACUGAAUUUUGCCUUUAAUUUGCUUCUACAACCCUAGGAUCCAAUGAAUUUUCUCUUAAUUUUUGCAAUCAGUGGAAUUGAUCCUUAAACUCUAGUUUUAGAUAUAGUCUUGUGGUUUUUAUUACGCGCAUCGGCAUUAUAGGGCUUGCCUGAGCAUCAAUUGCCGUGCUAUUCGAAGGAGUAGGUUUUCCUUGCUUUUGCGAAGAACCGUGGAGUUCAAUGAAAUCAUGGUCGACCUCAAGGUGGAUUUUGAUAAAGAGUCGUGCUCCAGGUCAAUAAACGAGACGGUGAAUGGGUCGCACCAGUUUACGAUAAAGGGGUACUCGUUGGCUAAAGGGAUGGGAGCUGGGAAGUGCAUAUCGAGUGAUAUUUUCACGGUGGGCGGUUACGAUUGGGCGAUUUACUUCUACCCGGAUGGAAAAAACCCCGAGGAUAGUUCUAUGUAUGUUUCGGUGUUUAUCGCUCUUGCUAGCGAGGGUACGGACGUGAGGGCUUUGUUCGAGUUGACGUUGGUGGAUCAGAGUGGAAAUGGGAAGCACAAAGUGCAUAGCCACUUUGAUCGUGCGUUGGAGAGUGGACCUUACACCCUCAAGUAUAGAGGAAGCAUGUGGGGUUACAAGCGAUUCUUUAGGAGGACUACCUUAGAAAAUUCUGAUUAUAUAAAGGAUGACUGUCUAAUCAUGAAUUGCACUGUCGGAGUUGUCAGAACUCGUCUGGACGGACCAAAACAGUAUUCGAUUCCUCUUCCACCUUCUGACAUGGGUCAGGGCCUUAGGGAACUCCUAGAAUCUGAAGUUGGUUGCGACAUUGUUUUCCAGGUUGGGGAUGAAACAUUUAAAGCUCAUAAGUUGAUACUUGCUGCUCGUUCCCCUGUUUUCAGGGCCCAGUUUUUUGGACUUGUUGGGGAUCCCAACCUAGAUAAAGUAGUUGUGAAGGACAUUGAUCCCUCAAUCUUCAAGGCAAUGCUGUUGUUUAUAUACACAGACAAACUACCUGAUGUACAUGAGAUUACCGGCACAACAUAUAUGUGCACAUCCACCAACAUGGUGCAGCAUUUAUUGGCUGCUGCUGACCUAUACAAUUUAGAUCGAUUGAAAUUGUUAUGUGAAUCAAAGUUGUGUGAGGAACUGAGUGCUGAUACAGUGGCGACAACACUUGCAUUGGCUGAGCAGCAUCAGUGUUCGCAACUCAAGGUCAUCUGUCUGAAAUUUGCUGCAAAUCCAGCAAACUUGGGAGCGGUAAUGCAGUCAGAAGGGUUCCAACACUUGGAAGAGAGUUGUCCUUCGUUGUUGUGUGAUAUGCUAAAGACAUUUGCAUUAGGAGAUGAGGACUCGAGUCUGUUAUCAGGUCGGAAGAGGAGUGGGAGCAGCAUAUAUGGGCUAGAUCUAGUGGCGGAUGGGGCUGCGGCAGAAUCAGUGAAUCCCAAUGCCAGGCGAGUAAGGAGAAGGUUUUAGCAUGUGUAGCAUUGUACUGUUAUCCGCUGUUGAAGGAGCUGGGAUAGUGAUUGUGGCAGGUCUUAGCUAGUAUUAUGCUAUAUUAGGCUUUCGUGUGUCCUGAAAUUAUGAAGGGCUAGUGAUGGAACUAGCAGAAAAGGAGAAGAAAAUUAUCUGGAAGUUUGACAGGGUCUGCUCUAUUUUUUGGGCCAGCAAGGGAACUUGGACUAUUUGCUUCUGUUAAAAUGAAAGAGGAUGUAAUCAAAAUUGUAAGAUAAUCUUGGAUGCAUUACAGUUGUUUAUAUUUUUAGCUGGAACUAAAUGUAUUGCAGCAAAAUGUGAUGUGUUCAUUGCAUUUGUCCAUCUGCAUUGAAAUGAAUUGCAAAUGCUGUGCCAAAACUCUAUGGUAAGAUCUCAAAAACUAUGUAAUGUUUCAUUAUGUGAUUGACAGUGGCUACUUUUGCCACAUUCUUCA